AUGACAGAUUUACUCUACCGACACAAUGUGUCAUUCGACAGUGUAAAUAUUGAAGUAGAAAUUCUGGACACGUGUAAAUGUAAGAUAACCGGAUGCCUGUACGACCACUUGAGGUGGGGCGAGGCAUUUGUCGUGGUAUACAGCGUCUGCGACGAGGCGAGCUUUCGCGAGGCCCAACUCUUGCUCGACACACUCGCCAAACUCAAGUUGCCGUCCUACUACACCACACUCCUACUCGGCAACAAACGAGAUCUCGAACAUUCCAAGAAAGUUUGCGUGGACGCAGGCCAAGAGUUGUCGCUCCGUUACGGCUGUCAGUUCUACGAGGUGUCAGCGGCUGAAAGCUACGCGGGCGUGUCGCUCGCGUUUCAGUCGCUGCUUCGCGAGGCACGCAGCGUGCAACUUCUGAGAGCGAUGCCCAUCCGACGCAAGCUGGGCGUCAACUCUGUGUCCAAAGUGCUGGGCACGAUCUUCGGGCAGAACAAGAGCCGAGAUCGCGGCAAGAAACGACCCUCGCUGUCUAUAUGACCUCGUGCAAGUUAUGAACUAUGAAAAUAUGAAGAACAGACUCUUUUAUAGACGAGUUGAAUACAGUUAAAAAGCAGAAAAACUCUUUAUAGAUAUGGUGGAGUCCACGUUAUAAUGGCAGUGUUUGAUUGGCAGUGGUAUUGCUAUCCUUGUCUGUCAUUCAACAAAGCGGAUAGCGCUAUCUCUUUCUUGCUUUGCUCUGUUGCCAGAUCGUAUU